UCCCAAUGGCAAAGGUGUGAUAAAAUACCAUAUCUUCCGAACAACUCUGAUGCAUUCUUUUGUGAGACUGUUGCAAAUUUUAUCCUUAAGAUAAGAUGGUUGUUCAUGGAUCGGCUUCCCUGCGCUACCCCCUUCCCCCCCUUUAUGGAGUGUUGCGGAUAUGAAUGAAUCGAGGCACAUGGUUGCGCCCUCCUAGACGGCGAGUGGUCAAUUUCCCAAGCCAUACGAACACAGAAGUGGAAGAAGACAGAGACAAAGGCAGAAAUGGCUUUUUCAUUCCAAGUCAAACAAAAAGAUGAUUACAAGAUGAGCACGGGAGUAUCAAGUUUGCAAAUGUUUGCUUGAGAAAAGAAUCAGAGACACUUGGAAGAUUGCUUCUUGCCUUUGAAAACUUGUCACUGACAAUGACACUGACAUGGCCUGGUUGAAGGUCUUGACAAAAUUCACCCAGAAAAUACCUGGACUGCAAAAAUGGGGCAGUUUCCCCAGUUUGGAGGAGUUUGUCCUGUCUUGACUGUGUGAAUUCCAUUGAUCCUCUUUAGGUUUUGUUUGUCUUCUAAGUAACUACUUUGAAACCUUGAGUUCACAACAGUACUUUGUAAGCUCCAGCAAAUGCAGGGAAAGCAGAAGAAUGACUGAGGAGUCGUUAACUGAUUGCAAAUGAAGCCUAUCAAGGCCUCACCAAGAUAGAACUGCCUGCAUCUUUGCUAGGGUCAUGGAUCCUGAUCAAGGACAGAAGAGCACAAAAAAGGGCGAGGAAGGUCUGAGGAAGAGGCUUGUGAAGGGAGAGGCAUUCCAAGGCAGUGUUUCCUCUGCGGCAACGCAUCACCUGAGCCACUCCGCUUCUUUGCAAGGCUCCCCUGUUCAGGACGUUGUGCCUCAGCAACAUUUUUCAAAGGAUGAAGCCCUAGAGAAAACGGGACAAACACAACCCAAACAUUCCUCUUUUGAGCCUCUGGCACAUAUUGCCCAGCACUCUCUGUCAUCAGCAUACAUGCCUCCCCGGAAACCGGAGCAUGCCCUAGAAGGGCCCACGUGGCAGCUCGUUGAACCCACUAGAGUGGUGCCCUCUGGCUCAUUCCCAUACUCUGGGCCUCAUUCCAGCCACAGUCAGAUCUUAGCGCCCCAGUCUUCUGUCAUUCCCAAAGAGGAUGCGUCUUCUGCCCAAAAGGUCUAUGCUUCUCGCAUGUCGCAGGUUUCCUUAAAAUCACCUGAAGAAGGCCACAAGAAAGAAAAGAAACCCCAGAAACCAGGCAAAUACAUCUGUCAGUACUGUAGCCGCCCUUGUGCCAAACCAAGCGUCCUCCAGAAACAUAUCCGAUCUCAUACAGGAGAGAGACCUUAUCCCUGCAUCCCAUGUGGAUUUUCCUUUAAAACCAAGAGCAAUUUGUAUAAACACCGGAAAUCUCAUGCUCACCGAAUCAAAGCCGGGCUUUCCACAGGGCCUGGAACAGAACUGAAUCCUUCCAGCCUGGAAAUGGAAAAAAUGGCUGGAGAUGAAUUUGAAGAGCCUACCGAGGGGGAAAGCACAGAUUCUGAAGAGGAGACGAGAACCACGCCUGGCCCUUCAAUAGAACUGUCUCCCAGACAAAAGCAAACUCUGUUGUAUGGCUCAGGAAGCCAGGGCUCCAGUCAAGAGAGCGGCUCCUUCUCCCAUUCUAGCCUUUCUCAGUCUCUUGAGGAGAGCGGUCAUUUUGUAGAGCCGGCUUUGGAGAAAACCCAGAGUCACAAAUCAGAUGAAACACACACCAUCAAACAGAAACUUGCUCUGCGAUUAAGCGAAAGGAAGAAAGUUAUUGAGGAACAGUCUUUCCUUACCCCUGGCAGCAAAGGAAGCACGGAAUCAGGCUAUUUCUCAAGGUCAGAGAGUACAGAGCAACAAAUCAGCCCACCAAAUACCAAUGCAAAAUCUUAUGCAGAAAUUAUUUUUGGCAAAUGUGGAAGGAUUGGCCAACGGACCACCAUGUUAGCUGCAGCCACCACCCAGGAAUUUCCACAGGUAACAACUGAAGAAAAGAUCAGCACUGUUCCUUUGUCUGUACCCAGAACACAGGUGAUUGAACAUAUCACCAAACUGAUUACAAUUAACGAAGCUGUUGUUGAUACCAGUGAGAUUGAUAGUGUUAAGCCUAGGAGAAGUUCUCUGUCCAGACGAAGCAGUAUCGAAUCUCCCAAGUCAGGUGCCUACAGAGAACCUUUUCAGUUAGAAAUCAAACCUGGUAGCCAAGCUGAUCCCUCAAAGUUGCUGACAUCCCAUGUUGAAAAACCAAAACCUGAACAAUCCCCACUGUCGCUGCAGCAAUCCCACAGUGCCACAGAUACCAUGCCUCUCCUUAGAAGCCAUUCUAUGCCUUCAGCAGUGCGUACUAUGGGUUCUCCCCAUGCCUUUAGAGGCAGUUAUUCUUUUGAUGACCACAUCCGUGAAUCAGAGGCCAUAAGCCGCAGCCAGGUGUCUUCCCAUCCACGAAUGUUAAAACGGCAGCCUGCCAUUGAACUUCCAUUUGGGAUGGAGUACAGUGCGGAGGACGUUAGUGCAGCCUGUAGGGAAGGUGUUUCCAAACCUGUGGAGGAACAAGAAGCCAAGGAAAGCGAGUUUCCCAAAAAGUCAAGAAAAGGCACAAAAACAAAAGGGUUCAUGUAUGAGUGUACAAUUUGUGGUGCUCGGUACAAGAAAAGGGAAAAUUAUGAAGCUCACAAGAAGUAUUAUUGUUCAGAGCUUCAGAUCCCAAAGCCACAUUCUUCCAGUUCUCAUACCUCGUUGGAAGCUGAGAGAGGCCUCAUGGAAUCUGAUCCUUGGCCACAGAUGAUGCAUUAUACAUUGGGAAGUAGUUUAGAGCUUACAUCGCUGAGGAAGAGGCGUAAAGAAAAGAGUCUUGGAGAUGAGGAGGACCCUACCCCUUUUGAAUUGGCCGGAACGCCCUCUCCUGGCACCGGAGCAGCUGCUCCAUUUGCGAAUUUGAAAUCCACUGGUGUGACUUUCACUCUGACUCCUGGAUCCAUGAAGCCACACACAGAUUCCAGUCAGUCGGUGCAUCUUUCUGAUGCUAGUGGAAGUUUUAAUCCCAUGGCUGCAAGGCCAUUUGUUAGUACAGAAAGCAGGGAAAGGAGACUCGCAAAGGAGAUCUCUGUUAUCCAACACACAAGCUCAUUUGAGAAAUCGGAUUCCAUAGAGCAGGUGAGUGGAUUAGAAGAGGAGGAGAAAUUGCUCUUGCCAUAUGCAUCUCAGCCAGAAGCCCAACACAGCAGGCUGUCUCAUUCCUUGCAACCUAAACUGGUGCGCCAGCCCAAUAUCCAAGUCCCUGAGAUCCUUGUCACUGAAGAGCCCGACAGGCCAGAAAUGGAACCUGAGCCUCCUCCUAAAGAGCCAGAAAAAACAGAGGAGUUCCAGUGGCCACAGAGAAGCCAGUCUCUCUCCCAGCUUCCUGCUGAAAAACUGCCACCCAAAAAGAAGAGGCUCCGGCUUGCAGAAAUGGCCCAGUCUUCGGGAGAGUCCAGUUUUGAGUCAAUCAGGAGCCCAAGUCAGGAAAGCAGCCUCUCCUACACGUCCAGCCAUGCGACAUCAUUUGAACGAGAGGAAGCCACUUCCCAGUCUUCUGAAUCCCACACACAGCCUCCUGGCAUUGGCUCAUAUACAUUAAAAGUACCCAGUCCCCACCAUUCCCGGGAGAUGCGGAGGUCUGCCUCUGAGCAGACACCCAAUGUUUCUCACUCUGCUUCCAUGUCAGAGACUCGCAGCAAAUCAUUUGACUAUGGGAGCCUAUCAUCCUCAGCUUCUUCCAGAUCCUAUCCUCAAACAACAGCACCACCGGAGAGGAGGAAGUGUUUUCUUGUUCGGCAGGCGUCUCUGACUAGGCAUUCUGAAUAUGAACAAGAGUCCUCUCCCAAAGGAGGGGCAGAGACUGAAGAGUUGUUGCAGCUUUCAGACAAAUCUCCUGCUUCAAGCUUAUCCCACCACCAACCAUCUUCAUCUUCCUCCUCCUCCUCUUUUCCUCAUCCAUCUGAUAAAGGUCAGCCAAAGGACUGCCCUGAGCAGAUGUAUUCCCAUAAAUACAUUGAAGCUCUAAGGGUGUUCCAUCACUCUGCACCAAAUAUUCUUCAUGAAAAACAGUACUUGACUCCAGAGAUCUCCUUCUUGCCGUUUCAUCACCUUUUCCCACAGCUGGGGCAGUCAGUUGAGCUGUUCUCCAACCAGGCACUGGCCAACAUCUUCUCUGCUCAAUAUUCCAUCCCACAUAUGCCUCACUCCAUUUUUCAGAGUACAGCUUUUCCUCUGCAUGGAGCCUUGAUGCACCCAAACCAGCUUCACAUUGCUUCUCCACUGUUGUCGCACCCAACAGAUGUGACACUCAGGCACAGUCCGUCCUUGGUCCCUGUACACUGUCCAGGUUCUCCGUCACUCUCUUCUGCGUUCUUUCUGCCCCUUCAGACACAGCUUGCUCUCCAGUUCCCAAGUGACAUUGGUGCUCAUUUGCACCAACUCAAAUCCAGCUUCGCUCCACCAGUAGGAAGCCCAACCUUCUCCUCAGUCACUGAUCACGGCUCUGAGAACCAGUUACAAAUUUUUGCUCACCCAAGCAGUCCUUCUGCAUCAAUCUCCAUCUCUCAGUUUGUGGUGCCUGCACGUUCUGAGCCUGUGGUAUCGCUUGUCGUCCCAGUUCGCAUUGAGACUAACAUGCCAUCGUAUGGAAGUGCUAUGUACACCACUCUUUCUCAGAUCCUAGUUACUCAGUCUCACUGCAACUCCUCUUCUAUCAUCUUGCCAAAAUUUGAUGAUUAUCGGACCAAAGGUACCUUGGUCUGCACUACCAAUAUCCAUGGAAUUGGUCUCGAUUUAGCACAGAUUAUUGCCAAUGAAAAAAAGUCCUUGUUCCAGUCUCCAUAUCUGAAGUUUCCAUUAUCACUAUCAGAAACAAAAGCUUACAUUCCUCUGGGGUCCCCAUCCGAAAGUGCCUUGGGUCUCGAAGGAAGUUCGCUGAGCGUUGGAGGAAGCAAGCGGAUGCUAUCUCCAGCUGGGAGUUUGGAGCUUACAAUGGAAACUCAGCAGCAAAAAAGGGUGAAGGAAGAAGAAUUUUCUGAAACGGAGGAGAAGCUGGAAAUUGUGACAGCAUCUAGUGAAGAAGAGGAAGGAAAGAAGCACAAUCAAAGGAUAGCUAAGGCAAAACUGCCCUCUGCUGUAUCUCGUGAAUUGCUGCAAUCCCAGGAAAUUCAGGGAACAAUACAGCUAGUAUUACCCCAUGCUGAGAUCUUGAGCUUUGAAGCACAAGAGGAAAUUAAGCUGUUGGCUGGGAAACGGCUCCAAAGUAAGGAUUCUCCAGAAAUGGUGGAGAAGGAGAGCCCCAAAGAAAUACUGGAACCGCCCGCAGGAAAUGGUCCAAGCUCAGCACUUUCUUCUGCGUCUGCGCAAAUUACAAAAAAGUCUCACAGCAGUACUAGUAUUAAGAAGGCAUUUCCAUUCCCCAGUCUCAAUACAACUACUAAUGUCAGUUGGUGCUAUUUAAAUUACAUAAAGCCAAACCAUAUUCAGCAAGCUGACAGGAAGUCCUCGGUGUACACCAGCUGGUGCAUUAGUUUGUACAGCCCUAACCUCCCUGGUAUAUCCACCAAAGCGGCUCUUUCACUCCUGUGCUCCAAGCAAAAGGUGAACAAAGAGACCUACACCAUGGCAACAGCUCCAUGCCCACAGACAGGGAAGAUGGUCACCUCGAGCUCCAGGAAGCCCAAAAUGUCUGAGGUUCACCUGCUUUCGCUCCCUGCCAGUGAGGGUUGGAAAGAUGUAAAGAAAAUGGAUAAGGAAGAGGAGAAAAGAGAGAAGGCUGAAGAUGACAUUCCCAUAUCCAAACCAGGGGAACCGGCCAGAAUCAGGAUCUUUGAAGGAGGGUACAAAUCAAACGAAGAGUAUGUGUAUGUGCGAGGCCGUGGACGUGGGAAAUAUGUAUGUGAGGAGUGUGGAAUUCGCUGCAAGAAACCCAGCAUGCUGAAGAAACACAUUCGCACGCACACAGAUGCCAGGCCAUAUGUCUGCAAGUACUGUAACUUUGCUUUUAAAACCAAAGGGAAUCUGACUAAACAUUUGAAGUCAAAAGCUCACAGCAAAAAAUGCCAGGAGCUAGGUGUGUUGGUGUCUUCACUAGUGGAGCCAGAAGCAGAAGAAGGGACUAAUGAAGAUACCUUCCAAGAUUCAGAAGGGCAGGAAGGAUCUGAGCUCUUUGAAGAACAUAAGUUUUCAGAUUUGGAAGAGGAGGAUGAGGAUGAGGAGGAUGACAGUGAGGAGGAGGAAGAGGAAGAGGAGGAGGAGGAGGAGGAGUGGGAGGAGAGCGAAAACAAUUCACUGUUAAAGCCCUGGGAAAUGAAGAAAACUCCACUCCAAGGGCAUUGUCUAAGAAGUGAUCCCUCUCCCCAUAAGAAAGGAACCACAGCAGCUUUGCCUUCAAUGCAGAACGUUGUCUGUAGCAAAGAGCGUACUGUUCAGAAUCAUAAGACAGGCAGCUCAGGAUCAGAAAUAAAAUGGCCAUUGGUCAGCAGUGAAGUUGUGCCCUGUCACAGCUCCUUGAGACUUCACAGCCCAGUUUUGACUUCUAGUUUGCUCUUGGCUUCUGCUAAGAAGGGAUCAGUGGCAAAGCCUCAGAUGCUUUUGUCAGUGGAUUUCUCCAUCCACAAAGACACUUGUUCUGGAAUAAAGUCAGGCUCUGAUAGUGUGGGCAGUUAUCAAUCAAUGCUGACUACAAGUAGCAGGCAAGUGUUGACCAAGCGUGAAUUUCCACCUAAGAGGUUCUCAUCUUCAGAAGAGACCUCCUUAUUGAGAAGCCCCUCCUUGGGGCUGGGGAUCUCUUCCUCUCACUGGGUAAUAUCUCCAAGCCAAGAGGCAGCCCCACCAUCUAGUCUGUCCCCACUACCCGAGUGGUCCUUAAACAGAUACAUUUCUCCAAGUCAAGAGUGGUCAUCACAGGCGUACCUUUCACCAGAACGAAGCAUGUCUCCUGUGUGGCACGUUUCUCCAGUCAGGGAAAUAGCAGCGGUGAGAUACCUAUCCAUGAAUGAACUGUUCUCUGGGAGCUGCUCAGAACCGUCACCUUCACAAAACCCACCCUCUUGUCACCUCUCUGAAGCAGUCAAAGAAGUUCAUAGCUUGUCUAAAACUCAGCCUGAAAUAUCACCUCUGAUGCCUCUACCUCACUGGUCCUUUGACAAAAGUACAGAGCUGUAUGAAGAACCUAAAAUGAAGGCAAAAUUGAGGAAAUGUUCUCCAGACAUUAUGAAUCAACUUCUCUGUAUGAGACCUUUGCAAUCACCCCAUGAAAUGUGCAACUGUAAUCCAAGUCAUGUGGGAGAGCGCAUCUUCAGUCAUCUCCCACUGCACUCCCAGCAGCUUCCCUGGAACCCUUGUCCUAUGAUUCCCAUUGGGGGCAUCCAGAUGGUUCAAGCGAGGCACAUUGGUCACCCCAGCUUGCGGGGUAGAUCAGUGAUGUCCCUGCAAGCCAGCUCUUUUGCACACGACAACUUCACUGAAAACGGACAAACAAAAGGAAAGGGCGGAAAAACUCCUUAUUCACCAGCAGACCCUCCAUUCCAAUGCAGCAGCUACUUGGAAGAGAAAGUCAGGACAAGUGAGUUCCAGCAAAAGCUGGCCAAAGUAAGUACAUGUCCUGAACCUGGCAGCUCAGAGCAGGGAAAUCGUACUGCCGUCAGAAUUGGUUCCUGCUCACAGGAUGAAGCCUCUCCAAAACCUUAUGCUAUUGGAGAAGACAAUUCUAGCAAGGAGGAGGGGAACAAACAGCACAGCAGCUCACAUACCUCUGGGAAUCCCACCUGCGCUUUCAUGCCCACUCAGCCCCUGGACAGGAGCAGCAGCACGAGUUGCUUGUCGGAGGCCCUGCUGAGCCGCCCGCCAUCCCCUCUGUCCAUCCGGAGAAGGAGCCUCUCGGGGGAGGCAGUGUCCGCAAGUGGGGAGCACCAGAGGAAUCGUCCUCCCUUAGAACAAGCCUCCGUUGGCCUCACUUCCAGGCCAAGGGAUAACAAUGCAGAAAGCACUUAAGUGCUCUCUUCUUCUUUUUCUACAGGCUUUCCCAGGGUGCUUCCAGGCAGCACCAAAACAUGGGAUUAAUAUGUGGGAUAAAAAAAACUGGGACCUCAGAGCAGGUCCCCAUUCUGUGUCUGGAGGGUGAGCAGGAGACAUCCACCGGUAGUUUGCUUU